UUGACAUUUUGCAUCGAUGGGUAGAUACGUCUUGUCUGUCGUUCGUGUAUCAAAUGAUGAGAUCCACGGCUUUUACUAGUAAAACCCGUUAAAACUAUAAAUAUUUAUGUGUAGCAAUGUCGGAUAUCAAUAUGGAAAAGUUCGCGGUGCCAGAGUUCAGCCCCGACCGCUAUGUAAAAGAGUUAGCGAGAUCAUGCGUCGGGGGGGAGGAGCUUCAGCAGCAAAAGGAGAAAAUUCAAACUUUAGCCGAGGAAACCGCAAGUGCUCUGAAGAAAAAUGUCUACGAAAACUACAUGCAGUUCAUCGAGACUGCUACCGAAAUAUCCCACCUAGAAGCUGAGAUGUACAAAUUGUCUCAUCUGCUAAGCGAACAACGUACGGUGCUAACUACGCUAUCACACGCGUCAAUUCUAGGUAACGAAAAUACUUUAUCCCGAGAAUCACUUGACAAUCAUGAUGUAGAAGCCGAAAGAGCAGAGGAGGAACGUAAAAGUAAGUUAAAUUCCAUCACAGAUAAGAUUGAAGGAUGCAUGAACCUUCUAGACACUCCUGACAGAAUUCUUCUCCAUGAAGGCGAUCUGUUAGAGAUAGAUGCGGAUGAAAACACUGCCAUACAGAGAAUGCAUGUAUAUUUAUUCAAUGACUGCCUGAUGUUAACCUCAUGGAUAUCAAAUAGAAGAGGCGGUAUGAGAUACAAGUUUCAGUGUAGCUAUCCUAUUAGUACAUUAGCUGCUGUGAAUGUGAGAGAUUUGGGAAAUGUUAAGCAAGCCUUUAAGGUUCUGGCUUUCCCAGACACAAGAGUUUUUCAGUGCAAUAGUUUGGCAAUUAAAAAAGAUUGGCUCGAUAAGUUUGAGCUGGCUAAAAAGAUGCAUAUUGAAAAAGAAAAUUCCAAACAAAAGAAAAAAGAGGCUCAAGAGAAGCCCAAGUUGGCAUCAAUAGAUUCUCCUAGUCUUUCUGUAGAGGAGUUGCCUUCUCCUCAAAUCCCUCCUUUGCCUGAAUGGCUGGUAGAUGUUACUGAAGAGCUAGAUGUAUUGAUUGUAGAAAGACAUUUCCAAAAAACAUAUGAUUUGAUGAUGUCAGCGCAAAGAACACUGAACACUCAGGAGUUUAAUAAUCACCCGCAGAAACAAGACAUAAUAAAAAAAAUUGAACAGAAACAAAAAGUAUUGAUAGAAAUUUUAUUGAAAGAACUUGAUGUUACUCACAACUGGAGUCCUAGAGGAGGUUUAAGAUCAUCUCGUCACCCAGUUAUUAUAUUGAACAAAUUCAACAUGACCAGUCAGGCGUGUGAAUUAUUUUUAGCAAUAUGUAGUCACACAGUCAAAGUUCAUGUGAAAGGAGUCCAGUUGGAAGGCUCAAUAAAUAGUUAUGUGAAGCAAGUGGGAGAAGUGUUCUUUUGCUCACUUAGUGAUGCCUUAACAGAGUUCAUUACACUGUUUCCUAAGAAUAAACUAAGCGCUUUCAUAGUUUGGGCUAGCCUGCAACUUAGAAUUUUAAUGAGUCAAAUUAUAAAGCAAGUAUUUACCCCGCAAUGUGCUUUAGACUCUGUGCUAGAAUGUGUAGCCAGUUUACGUGAACAGUGUACUUUAUUUUGUGAGUUUGGUCUCGAUUUGAGAUUUCAGUUGGACAGCUGCCUUCGGUCACCAAUCACAAAAGCCUUGAGAGAAUACAAAGAGAAAAUUCUUGAUUCUAUGAAAAGCAAAGUUUCUGAGGAUAAAUGGACCCCAGUGAACAUGCACACUAAAGGUGGAGUAAACAAAUUUUUGAUUCAAAUGGAAAACUUGGGCCUUAUAUUAGCUAAGUAUAUUAUAAAUGAAACAUGGGUUGACCUAUCCAGUAGUACAAUCUGGUUCGCUCAAUCUGUAAUAACGGUGCAGAAAAUUGGACUGAAACUUGUUACAAAAGACAUGAUGGAUGUACUAGAUGAAUGCAUACAUGCUAUAUUCAAAUCUCGCCUUAUGCUCUCUGUAGGUAAUGAUUUUAGUUAUGCCCAGAAAAAUUUUAAGUUUAUCUUGGAUACAGUGAUGCCUCUAAUGCUAAGAUGUUACAAGGAAGAGGUUGGCUAUGACAAUGAGAAGUUAAUGGGACUAGCAAAGCAGUUUGGUCUUAAUGUAGCACCUCCAAAGAAAUCAAACAUCACCAAGUACACCAGCAAUGAGUAUUUAUGAGACUAGAGGAAUACCAUGUUGUGUAUGACACUAUUUUUUGUAAGUGCGCUGAAGCUUUAAAACUGUAAUAUAUAGGUAGUAAGCAUGCAGGAGUUUUGUAACUUUAUUUAAAACUGAUCAAAUCAAAAUUUAUAUUAUAUGCGAGUUAUCAAUAUGAAAUUUUAAUAAACCAGAAUUAAUGGUU